AUGUUAGGACGACGUGACUAUGAUAUUAGCUAUGCAUGGCCCACCAAUAUUGCAAAUCAGCAAUUGGAGUCUAACACUGCCCAAUCCAUAUCUGCAAGUAAAUCACAAUUUCACCCCCAUCCGUUCCAAGUCUCACCCAUUGACAAUGAGGAAUUCCAUCUCUCCUCUCAACAAAAACUUGCACUUGACAUAAUUCUACAUCAUCAUUCUCAACAAGCUGGAACAAUACCUCUUAGAAUGAUUGUUCAAGGAACAACAGACACUAGGAAAUCAUUCUUAAUACAUUGCAUUAGACAAAAGUUGAAUGUCUCUGUAGGAAUUCAAGGAAAUCCAUUGUUGGUUCUUGCUCCUACAUGUGUUGCUGCAUAUAAUAUUCAAGGAACAACUCUUCAUGCAAGCCUUCAAAUCCCUAUUAAAGAAAUGCAUCCUUUGACAAGUCGAGCAUCAUUCACAUUCCAAGAGCAUUUCCGACAUGUUAAAUAUAUUCUGAUAGAUGAAAUGAGAUUUUUAGGCCCAAAAUUACUAUUGAAGAUUGACAACCACCUACGACAGACAUUCUCUGAUAAACAACAUGAAAGCUUUGGUAUCCUCUCCAUAAUCCUUGCAGGUGAUCUUGGACAGCUCCCUCCUGUAAUGGACAAACUAAUUUAUGCCUCGCAUUCUACAACACUAAGUUUAUGGCAUUCGUUUAAAAUAGUUGUAACAUUGGAUACUAUUUUCCGCCAUCAAGGUCUCUCUAUUGAACAACAUCACUUCAGAAGUCUGCUCCAGAACAUAAGAGAUGCACAAUUUAACAAACAUGACUGGUAG